AUGACCGGAGAAGAAGUAUCCGGCCCUGCUGGCCCCAAGCUCAUCCGUCUCGUCUUCUUCAUCGGCGCCGGAGUGAUCUGCACCACCGCAAUUAACAAGUGGCGCGAAUACGAGAGGAACACCAUCAUCCAGUAACAACAACAACAGGAACGAGUCGUGGAAACGCAUAAUUCGUCGGAAUCUGUUGCUGCUCCCAAGACUCUCAAAUAAAGGUUAGGGUUUUAUCGUUAAGUGAUGGGUAGUGUUAAGACGGCGAUUUUGCGUUAAAUCAAGUGUAUUAUGCAGUUUUAGUUUUUCUCCUUAGCUUUGAUUAUUAAUUGUUACCGUUGGGGUUGUGAAUGUGAAGUUUUGUUAGGUUAGGCAAUGGAUGUUUGCCAAUGCUUGCGGGGAAAAAUGGAAAUGAAUUGUGGUGGGAAGAUUAAUAAGUUGUAAGGAAAUUUUGAAUUGGCGGAUAAAUUGUCCUUUAUUUAUCAUUCCCAAAAUAACUGAAGGACUUUGUAACUUGAUUUAGUCAUUCGGAAUGAAUUGCUAAUUAUACCUUUGAGUCUGAA